AUAUGUCAACUACAUAACACACACAGUUCGCUGUCAAAUGGUGUGUUCGUUUCGUUGUAAACGUUCGGUUUGUUAUACGCGUUCAAAAUUGCAACGAAAUUAAAUAAUAUAAAUAACACAGUGAAAAUGUGCGGAUAAACUAAAUCGUUCGUGAUAAAAAAUGAGCGUUUUCGGUGAUUUUCAGCGGGUGUGGUUGCAGCGAUUUCCGCACAGCGACCUGCCAUCGAGAUGGGAGGAAGAUGUGAGGGCGAAUCUCGCCAAACACCAACAGAAGGUGCACAAUCUUCGGGAGGAGCUCGACAAGGAAGAGGUGUACGUUGCGUAUUUAGAACGGUUGUUGUCCGAUUUGGAAGAACAGAAGAGGGCGAAAGCGGAAAGUGAAAAUAACGCCUUGGAAAAUAAGGAUUCGAAUGCGAUGGGGACCACAAACGCGACUAUUAAUUCACCAACCGAAUUAUCUAAGCGUAAGUCGGAUGUGAUUAUACCAAGCGCUCCGCCUUUAGAAUCGCCAGAAACUGAAAACGCGGUCAACAAAUGUGUAACGGAACUGUCGAAAACGUUAACAAGUAUGGAUAAAAUGGAUAAAUCGAAUCGGAGUUCGGUUUCGUCCGAUAUGACAACGGCUACUGCCCCGCAAUUAGUUGACCCAAGCAGUUUUGUUACUGUAAUCGAAGUAAAUGGGAUUAAAUCGGUUGAAAAUCGGAGUUCUGCCUCACCCACAUCUUCAAUAAAACCACCAAAGCCUCCGAUUAAACCUCGUAUAAGAGAUAGUCAAUCUUCACCCCCGGAUCAAAGCUCCACAAGAACAAAUAGUAUCGAAUCAUUGCGUUCAAUGCGAUCAUCAACCGAACAAUUAUCGCCGAGCGAUGAGCCGUUUUAUGAUAUGGUAGCUGCGGAUGACGCCUCGAUGGUUAAAAGUAUAGAUUCUGGCAUGGAUGAGUUCAAUAAUUCGAGCACGUUACCGAUGCCGCCUCACGCUUUGAGAAGUAUGGUUUCUUUAGAACCACAAAGCCCCGAUCCAACAUCGAAUUACGUUAACAUCGAAUAUUUUCUUUUAAAGAAAAAACAUCGCACCAAUCAUAGUGAUGAUGAAGAUAGCGAAGACGAAGAAGGACCAAAUCAAUUACGUAAUGAACGAGAUGAUUUCCAAUAUAAUAGUUCAAGCUCGUUGGAAUCUUCCACUCCAGCUUCGAAAAGAAAAUUUAGUCAGGGAAGUAAUAUAUCAGGAGAAUCAAAACAAGACGAAGAAAAAUCCUCAAUGUACAAAAGCAUAUUAUCAAACAUUAUUGACAGUGAAAGUAAUUAUGUUGAAUGGUUAUGUGUUUUAUUAAAGUAUAAAAAAGCAUUUAACGCGACAUUAAAUACAUCACAACCGGUGUUAACUGAAAAAGAACUUGAAACGAUUUUCUUUAAAAUCGAGCAACUUCAUACGAUCCAUUCGAAUUUUUUGGAUAAUUUACGUCGGCAUUCGCAAAAACGUGAAAACACAAAAAUUGGCGACUGCUUUAAAAAUAUCGCUUUAAAUUUAAACGUUUAUGGGGCCUUUUUGGCGAAUUACGGUCAAGCUUUGGACACGGUACGAAAAUGUAGUACAGCUAAUAGUCAAUUUGCGGAAAUAAUUAAACAGUUGACGUGUAAACAAUUGUCCGAACAAUUCAGUUUGGAAGAUUUAUUGCAUAAACCGGUUGCUAGAGUACAAAAAAACGCCUUGGUGCUUCACGAUUUAUUAAAAUGCAUACCAAAAUCGCAUCAAGAUUACAACAGCUUACAAGAGGCGUUACAAUUAACACAACAAUUUUUAGAUGAGUUCAAUAUGAUACAAACUAAAUCUAUGUUUCCAGCUACCGACAGAGCUCAACGUCGUCUAGUCAAAAAUUCAUUUAUAGUUGAGUAUGUGGAUAAUAGCAGGAAAUUACGGCAUUUAUUUUUAUUUAAUGAUGUGAUAGCUUGUGCUAAAUACAAAGUAAUGCAGCAAUCGGGAAGGAAUGAGAAAUAUUCUUUCGAAACUAAAUGGUUUAUUCCCGUCGAACAAAUUGAAAUUUUAGAGGAAAUGAUGAAUAAUCCUUACGAAACUACUUCCGCCGAGAUCGUUUUAUUAAAAUCUCGCGCAUCUACUUGUCGCGAUCAAAUAAGACAGGAAGAAAAGGUCGAUGAUAAGAAAAUCCGUAUAAGCCGAGGUGGUGCUGAAAAACAUCGAAAACGUCUCCUGGACAUAGAAAGUCAAUUGGUUCUAGUCUCCCCAAAUCUCGUCUUCAAACUAAAACACAAACAAAUACAAAAAACGUACACGUUUUUCCUAUCAUCCGAAUACGAACGUUCGCAAUGGAUCGAAAGCAUACGUACCUUAAAAAAAACCGGCCAAGCGCCCGUUUCGAAUACAAUUUUCAACACGUUCGAACUCCAAACGUGGAUUUCAGCUUGCAGGUAUUAUUUAAUACCCAACAUGGGUUCGUAUCUUCUUCGUAGCGGGCACGAUGAGAGUUUAUUAGUGGGCGAUCUUCACGUAACUAUACACGAUUUGCAAGGUCUCGAAUAUUGUACCGACAUGUAUAUUUGCAUAGAAGUUGAUUUCUACGGGCAUUUUUUCUGUAAAGCCAAAACGAAAACUAAAAAGAAUUUAAACGGGACGUUCACGUGGAACGAAUCGUUCGUGAUCGAUCUUGAAGGAUGCGAAAAUUUGCGUUUGUUAGUUUAUCGCGAAGAACAAAAUCCGUAUUCGCAUUCGAUCGAUUCCCCCGAUCCUCAAUCGACCGUUUUUGGGAAACAAGUACAACAAUUAAGCCGCGAUUGGCUUACUCAGGAACCGGUUGAAAAGAGGAUGAAAAUUAAUCAGUGCGAGUUAAAAGUAACGUUACGUUUUACUCCGUAUGAAGUUAGUUUGAGGAGAGUGCCCACUGGAAAAACUGGGGCUUUAUUUGGGGAAAAAAUCCAACAAGUUUGUAGGCGCCAAAAAAGAGAUAUUCCCUUUAUUGUGUGUGCUUGUAUUCGAGAAGUUGAACGACGCGGAAUGGGCGAAGUUGGGAUUUAUCGCGUUUCCGGUUCAGUUUCUGAUUUGCAAAGGUUGAAGAAAUCGUUUGAAAGCAAUUCGUACGAGGCUGAGCAACUUUUAAAAGAAGUCGAUAUACAUUCCGUAACAGGUGUUCUAAAAUUGUACCUUCGCGAACUUCCAGAAGCCUUAUUUACCGACAAAUUAUACCCGACGUUAAUCGAAGCGUUUAAUUUAUGCAAUGAAAAUUUGAGCAGGAGGACUCAAUUGUUAAAGGAGCGAUUUGAAGACCUUCCACGACCAAAUAAAGAAACGAUUAAAUGCAUUUUAGACCAUCUUAUAAAGAUUAAUCAACAUGAAAAUGAGAAUAAGAUGUCUUUACAUAAUUUGGCAACCGUGUUUGGUCCAACUUUGUUACAUCCGGGUGGAAAAGGGGAUGGUUCUAAGAAUAAGGAUGCUUUAGUGACGGGUACUGCGGAUGUAAUGGCACAGGCUGGUAUAUUAUAUUGUUACCUGCAGGAUAAAAACUCCACAAGACAAGACUGUUGACCAAAAUGAAAGAAAUAAGUUUACAUAUUUACACAUAUACACGAAAAGUCUGAACUCGCGGUACUUAUAAUGAUUAAUACCGUACUUUCCGAGGAUCACACAUUAUAUUUAUAUUAAUAUAUUUUGUAAGGUAUUAGUAGCCAAAAAAAUUCAACAAAAAUGAUUCAAAAAAAA